AUGGAGAGUUCAAGCAGUGAAAGCUUGGAGGUGUCAGUCUCCACCGUCGCCGAAUCAGUCAGAGAGGAAGCUGGCAACAUGCCAGAGGACGAGCGAUCCUCUUCCGUCUCCUUGACGACUGUUUUGAGCCCCGAAUGCCGAAUCUGUCAGACGGAGGACUCCAUCGACCACACGGAGGCUCCUUGCCGGUGCAAUGGCACCCUAAAGUUUGCGCACAGAGAUUGUAUCCAGCGAUGGGUCAAUUCUCGUUUCAAGGCUACUUGUGAGAUCUGUAACCAGUAUGAGGGUGGUUAUAGAGUAACGGUGCCACCACCUGCAACGCCGCCGCAGCCUACGAGGAGGGAGAUUGAGGAGAUUAGGAGGGUGAUGGAGGAGGCUGAAGGUUAUCGGUUUUUACAUUCUGAGAAUCUGAUCAUAGCGAGUAACGUAGGCGGCGGCCUUCAGAUUCGGAUUGGACAGCCUUCACCUUCACCUUGGCCUCAAUUAUCUCCUCAAUUCACCAGGGAUAAUAAUAGUCCAGGACUCCAGGUGAUUGGCGUUUUUGGGGUUGAGAACAGCAUAUAG